CGGGUCAGGCACUCUUGAGGUAGGUAUAAUAUGGCGCAUCUAUGGCGGUUCGCAUUGUCUUUCCCACCACCCUCAUCGCUUCCAGCAUCAACCCUGAAACGUCUCACAGCUCAUAUCGUAGAGCAAGAGCAUUGCUAUAGGCAUCGGCGACUUGGACAGCCGAGCUUCAAUUUGCCUAUUGCGCUAUCAGUGAUUACUACGUUACCAUCGACAUUUACCAGCAGCGAAGCUGGCUUCCCUCUUUUCUUUCAAUGAGUUUGCGCCCUCCUCCCGUCCCGUCUCACGUCCGACCUCUCAACUCUUCCUCUUGUGCGCCUUCCUCAAUUUCAACUUGGACUGCUUGUCAACAACGGACAACUUCAGACGAUUGAGCCAAAUGAUUAUAGAAGCACGGUAUAACGAAAUGAAGGAAAAAAUGCAGGUCAUCAAGGACCUGUACCUUAGCCGACACUAUACGCAAUGCGCCAUGUUCAGCGAGCGAUUAUUGAGCGAGGUACACGACGAGAUACACCCACUCCAUCUGGCAUAUCUCAAUUUCUACACUGCACUAUCCCACGACACUCUAGCUCGAGAAGCGACACUGAAGAACCGCUACACAGAACUCAGCCUAGCUGAGAAGCACUACAGCGCCGCCAUUUCUGUUCUUAGCCCGUACAAUAUACAAAAGCUCCAGGACGAGCAGCUAGCGUCACCUCUGUCGACUACGUCAAACGAAGACCGAAUCUGGAAACGACGCUCGUCAAACGCUGACUCUGUCGACUCCAGCAUAAGUUCAACCUCUUCCAACACAGAGAUCCGCGAUCUAGAUCCAGACCUCACGCCCAAGCGACUAGCUCAAAGUCGGUACGCUCGACGAACCCAAGAAGUCAGACCAAACCUUACCACAAUCUCCAAUCUGCUGAAGCCUCGAAACGCCAUGAUCGCACCCUUAUCCCUGCGACCUCAGACAACCCAUGAGUACCAACUCGCAGCUGACACCUCCGUCUUUGUGCGCAUGAUGGAGGGUCAUCUCGCCAGCGUCCAGGAGCUCAAAGAGAAAACUGAUGUGCCUGUCGUCCACCUCACAUUCCCAUCGCCACGACUAUCCCGCACGAUCUCGACACCGAGGACUAGUCACUUGUUUAAUGACAAGGAUGCGGAAGUUGUGCGGCAGAGCAGGAGGGCGAUCAAGUUCCGCCCACGGUUCGAUCCUACGAGCGUACAGCGAUCUUGUAGUGAGGCGCUCGCAGAGCUCUCGUAGAUGCCUGUGGGACAACACCUUGUGCCUUUCUAACCCGCACCCUUCGAUACGCCUAAAUCUCCUACAUCUAUAUCGUAUCCCUACUUUCCUUGUACAGUUCAGCCUUCCACUAUUUAUACCCGGCUUUCUUUGGGUGGUUUUCUGCUUGAGUCUCAUGGAUGCUUGACGCGUUCCUUGGGUUCUAGUCUUCGCAUAUUGCAGUUGCUAGCCUUCUUGCCUCUACUUCCAUGUUUGUAUUAGUAAUGUGUUCUCGUAUGUCUGAAACGCGAUGUAUAGUUAAAGUGGU